AUGACUUCAAAAGACUGUGGCUCCCACCACAGCGACUCAUCUCGCUGCCGUAAAAUCCGCCGACGUGUAAUCAUCCCUAUAAUAACCUUCCUCGGAAUAAUCCUCUUCUUGAUUUUGAUAAUAUGGGCAAUUCUUCAACCUUCGAAGCCACGUUUCAUCCUCCAAGACGCCACCGUCUUCUCCUUCAACGUCACCGGCAAUCCACCGAACCUCCUCACUUCAAAUUUCCAAGUAACCAUCUCUUCUCGUAACCCUAACGACAAGAUCGGAAUCUACUACGACCGUCUCGACGUCUACGCUUCUUACAAGAGCCAACAGAUCACUUUUCCGACGUCGAUUCCACCGACUUAUCAAGGACACAAAGAAGUCAACGUUUGGUCACCUUUUGUCGGUGGAAACUCUAUUCCGGUGGCUCCGUACAACGCUUUGUCUCUUGAACAAGACCAUACAUAUGGCGGUGUUAUGUUGCUUGUUCGAAUCGACGGUCGUGUUCGUUUUAAAGUCGGAGCUUUUAUCACCGGAAAAUAUCAUCUUAACGUUAGGUGUCCGGCGUAUAUCAACUUCGGGAAUAGUGCAGCCGGAGUUGUCGUCGGAGUAAACGCCGUUAAGUAUACGCUCAUCACCACUUGCAGUGUUAGUAUCUGA